UUCAAACCAACAAUUUUUAGGACAUGACAACCCUAUUUCUGUCACGCUCUAAAACCCCUCCGGCAGAAAUCUACGCUUGCCGGCGGCGACCUUGACAGACAGUUAAGCGAAAAUGAAGGAGGAGGAGAAGAAGCUAAUAGCCCUAGGUUUCGAGGGCUCCGCCAAUAAAAUCGGCGUCGGAGUGGUAGCGCUCGACGGCUCGAUCCUCUCCAAUCCCCGCCAUACCUACAUCACUCCGCCGGGACAAGGCUUCCUCCCCCGCGAAACCGCCCAGCAUCACCUCCAUCACGUCCUCCCUCUCAUCAAUUCCGCCUUACAUUCCGCCGAGAUAACCCCAAAAGACGUCGAUUGCCUUUGCUACACUCCGGGCAUGGGCGCACCCUUACAGGUCUCCGCCGUGGUGGUUCGCGUCCUCUCUCAGCUCUGGAAGAAGCCCAUCGUCGCGGUGAAUCACUGCGUCGCGCAUAUUGAGAUGGGCCGGGUCGUGACCGGCGCGGUUGACCCGGUAGUGUUGUAUGUUAGUGGAGGGAAUACUCAAGUGAUAGCUUAUAGCGAAGGGCGGUACCGGAUUUUCGGAGAGACCAUUGAUAUCGCAGUUGGGAAUUGCUUGGACCGAUUUGCUAGGGUUCUCAAAUUGUCCAAUGAUCCAAGCCCUGGGUACAACAUCGAGCAGCUUGCUAAGAAAGGAGAAAAGUUUAUUGAACUUCCAUAUGUAGUAAAAGGGAUGGAUGUUUCCUUCAGUGGAAUCUUAAGCUAUAUUGAAGCCACUACUGAAGAGAUGCUCAAGAAUAACGAGUGCUCCCCUGCAGAUCUUUGCUACUCUUUACAGGAAACUUUGUUUGCAAUGCUUGUGGAGAUCACUGAAAGGGCUAUGGCACACUGUGAUAAGAAAGAUGUAUUGAUUGUUGGCGGCGUGGGAUGCAAUGAGCGAUUGCAAGAGAUGAUGAAAACCAUAUGUUCCGAGAGGGGUGGCAAAUUGUAUGCAACCGAUGACAGGUACUGCAUUGACAACGGAGCAAUGAUUGCGUAUACCGGCCUCCUAACUUUUGCUAACGGAGCAUCGACUCCAAUGGAGGAAUCUACAUUUACUCAGAGAUUUAGAACUGAUGAAGUGCUAGCAAUCUGGAGGGAGAAGGAAAGUAAUACCUCCAGUGGUACUGUGGGAAGCAUAUAACUGGCCACUUGAAUGUUUCUGGUUCCCACAAUGUUUGUUAUUUGCAUCAUAUGACAAAGGCUACUUAAAUUCUUGAAAUUAAAAUGCUAUAGCUUAAUGUAUUUAAUUGGUUAAAUUUCCAA